CAUUCUCCCUCUGAUCCUCUGCUGUGUUAUCUGCGCGGCACAAUCGACGGGGCAUUCUGCAAAUGAAGUGAACCUCCUGGAUUCUAAAACUGUACAGGGGGAGCUGGGUUGGAUAUCCUACCCGAUACAUGGGUGGGAAGAAAUCAGCGGAGUGGAUGAGCACUACAUACCAAUUCGUACCUACCAGGUAUGCAAUGUGAUGGAAGCCAGCCAGAACAAUUGGCUGCGGACAAAUUGGAUUCCACGGAACUCUGCUCAGAAGGUCUACGUGGAACUAAAGUUCACUUUGAGAGACUGCAACAGCAUCCCUCUGGUGCUGGGAUCCUGUAAAGAAACAUUCAAUCUCUAUUAUAUGGAGUCUGAUGAAGAUCACAUUGUGAAGUUUAGAGAAAGCCAGUUUGUGAAGAUUGACACAAUUGCUGCAGAUGAGAGUUUCACUCAGAUGGACCUAGGGGACCGAAUCCUCAAGCUGAACACUGAGGUCCGCGAGGUUGGACCAAUCAACAAGAAAGGAUUUUACUUGGCCUUUCAAGAUGUCGGUGCCUGUGUUGCUUUAGUGUCAGUACGAGUCUUCUUCAAAAAGUGUCCUUUCAUCACCAGGAACUUGGCUAUGUUCCCAGACACGGUGCCUGGGGUGGACUCCCUGUCUCUUGUGGAGGUGCGUGGUUCCUGUGUCAAUCACUCCAAGGAGGAGGACCCACCCAGGAUGUAUUGCAGCACUGAUGGAGAAUGGCUAGUGCCAAUAGGGAAGUGCCUGUGUAAUGCUGGAUAUGAAGAAAGAGGAAGUACAUGCCAAGCCUGCAAACCUGGGUUCUACAAAGCUUUUGCUGGAAAUGUUAAGUGUGCCAAGUGCCCUCCUCACAGCCAUGCUCAAGAAACAGGUUCUGUACUCUGCAGCUGUGACAGGAACUACUUCAGGGCAGACAAGGAUCCCAUCUCCAUGGCUUGCACUAGGCCUCCUUCCAUUCCAAGAAACGUGUUUUCCAACAUCAACGAGACGUCGGUGAUUCUGGACUGGAGCUGGCCAGUCGACGCAGGAGGCCGUAAGGAUGUCACCUUCAGUGUCUUCUGUAAGAAGUGCACUGUCGGCCCCAAGCAGUGCGAACCCUGCCUGGGCAAUGUUCACUUUGUGCCACGGCAGACGGGACUGGCCAACACCACCGUGACUGUGGUCGACCUGCUGGCACACACCAACUACACCUUUGAGAUCGAGGCCGUGAACGGGGUGUCUGGACUGAGCUCGGUGCCACGGCAGUUUGCUGCCGUCUCCAUCACCACCAAUCAGGCAGCUCCUUCAUUGGUCACUGUGAUUAAGAAGGACUGGACAUCCCGAAACAGCAUUGCUCUCUCUUGGCAAGAACCAGAGCAUCCUAAUGGUAUCAUUUUGGACUACGAGGUCAAGUUCUAUGAGAAGGAACAGGAGACCAGUUACACGAUUAUGAGGUCAAAGGGCACCAAUGUCACCAUUAAUGGGCUGAAACCUGAGACCACCUACCUGUUCCAAAUCAGGGCUCGGACAGCGGCUGGUUACGGGGCAAGCAGCCGCAAGUUUGAAUUUGAGACUAGUCCUGACUCCUUCUCUAUUGCUGGUGAGAACAGUCAGGUUGUAAUGAUUGCCAUAUCAGCAGCUGUGGCCAUUGUUCUUCUCACAGUGGUGAUGUACAUCAUAAUUGGGAGAUUUUGUGGGUACAACAAAUCAAAGCAUAUUUCUGAUGACAAAAGAAUAUAUUACCCAAAUGGUCACAUUAAACUUCCAGGUCUACGAACAUAUGUAGACCCACACACAUAUGAGGACCCCAGCCAAGCUGUCCACGAGUUUGCCAAGGAGCUAGAUUCUUCCUCCAUAUCUAUUGAUAAAGUUGUUGGUGCAGGAGAAUUUGGAGAAGUGUGCAGUGGUCGGCUGAAGCUACCCUCCAAAAAGGAGAUCUCAGUAGCCAUCAAGACCCUUAAAGUUGGUUAUACAGAGAAACAACGACGGGAUUUCCUGAGUGAAGCAAGCAUCAUGGGACAGUUUGAUCAUCCAAACAUCAUUCAUCUGGAAGGGGUAGUCACAAAAAGUAAGCCUGUCAUGAUUGUUACCGAAUACAUGGAAAAUGGUUCCUUGGACAGUUUCCUCAGGAGACAUGAUGCCCAGUUCACAGUCAUCCAGCUUGUCGGCAUGCUUCGGGGGAUAGCUUCAGGUAUGAAGUACCUGUCCGACAUGGGCUACGUGCACCGGGACCUUGCUGCUCGCAAUAUUCUCGUCAACAGCAACUUGGUGUGUAAGGUGUCUGACUUUGGGCUUUCCAGGGUUCUUGAAGAUGAUCCUGAAGCUGCAUACACAACACGGGGUGGAAAAAUCCCCAUCCGAUGGACUGCACCUGAAGCCAUAGCAUACCGCAAGUUCACCUCUGCCAGUGAUGCAUGGAGUUAUGGGAUUGUUCUAUGGGAGGUGAUGUCAUACGGAGAGAGGCCUUACUGGGAAAUGUCCAAUCAGGAUGUAAUUAAAGCGGUCGACGAAGGGUAUCGGCUGCCGCCCCCCAUGGACUGCCCAGCUGCCCUGUAUCAGCUGAUGCUAGAUUGUUGGCAAAAGGAUAGGAACAACAGGCCCAAGUUUGAACAGAUUGUCAGCAUCCUCGACAAGUUGAUUCGGAAUCCCAGCAGCCUGAAGAUCAUCGCCAAUGCUGCAGCAAGACCAUCCAAUCUGCUGCUUGACCGGAGCAACACAGACGUCACAGCUUUCCGCUCCGUGGGUGACUGGCUUGAUGGUGUGCGGAUGGGACAGUACAAGGACAGCUUCGUGGGGGCAGGGUACAACUCCUGUGACAUGAUGGCAAAAUUGUCCUCAGAUGAUAUAAUGAAGCUCGGAGUUACCCUUUCUGGACAUCAGAAAAAGAUGGUGAGCAGCAUUAAGCAAUUGGAAACACACACAAAGAACAGCCCAGUUCCAGUGUAAACUGAAAACCAAGCCUUUGUGCAUCAGACUGCAAUGCAACAAGGAAUUAACCAAUGAGAAUGAUACCACAAUGAUAUGGUGACUGUUAAUACUAUGGAGGUGAUGAUAUGGGAAACCUGGUUUGGUCAGUUGAUGUGGUGCGUGAAAGACUUUCAAGCUCUUUAAGUGUAAAUGCCUUAAGCAAAAGGAAUGAUGGCUCUGUUUUCUACCUUUUUUAUAUAUUUAAAAAAAGGUGGUAUGUUUAAGUAUUAUUUAUGAUGGUAAGAGAAUUAAAAUCACAAAAACUUUCAGCGCGCAGGCAACAGAAAAAAUCUAGUUAAAAUCUGUCAUGGGAAAGAGAAAUUUCUUUUUUUGUUUUAAAUAAAAGAAAAGUAUUAUAGUUAGAGAGGUAAACGAACUUUUGGACAAGUGGUAAACUGAUCUGUGAGUUAGAAGCAAUGGAAAUGGUGCAAGUGUGCGUGUGGCUUUCAGUUUUUAAAUUGGUUAAAUUAUUGAAAUGAGGCCGAUUAAAAUUUUGCGCAAUACUGUAGAUUUUUCACAGUGAUUGAAAAGUUUAAUGAAUAUCUUGCAGCAUUAUGUCUUAAACAAUUUAUAGUCCAUAUUUUAGACUUUGCUGUCAAAGUGAAGCCCCCUCCCUCAACUUUUCCUAUUGUUCUGCCAUGUUGGAGUGUGCACAGCCGAUCAUUAAACAUUAUCCUGUACAAGGUAACCCAAUUUCACGUCUUAAAAUGUUAAUUCAUUUUUCA